CAUACAGCCAUCUGAUUUUCUUAGUAAUUUUUAUUAAGCUUGAUUACAUUUCUUAAUAUUUUUGAGCAUCUGAAUUAUUGCCCAUUUGCUGUUGAUGUCAUCUCCAAGUUCACAGCAGUAGGUUAGGAGUUUUUAAAGGAUUUUUAAAGAAAAUUCUGUAAUUAAAAGAUUUUUAAUUUUGGAAUUAGCAGGACUCUAAAUUUACAGCUUAUUCCAUGGAAGAUUAAUGCUAUUUUCUAGAAAGAAAGCAAUUAUAACUUGUUUGUCCAAUAUCUUCCUUCUUACAGACAGCGAACAUGCCCUUUUAAAAAUAGUGUUUUCUGCUUUGUAAACUCUCCACCCUGAAAUUAUGAAUAUGAAUUAUUUGUAACAAUGCAUCCCUGAUGUAUGGAAAUAAGCAACUGAUUUAUAUGAUGUAAACGGAGUGCCUUAAGAGCCCAGAAAACCCAGUUUGUAACACUUAAUGUCAGUCUAAGCAAGCAAAAGUAAGAUCAUCUAACGUGGCUUUAUUCAGCUAAGCAACUUUAAAUCAAAAAGAUCAAAGAAGCUUAUAACUAAAACCAGCACUUUGUGCAGCUUCCCUGUAGAAGCAGGAAGAGACUAGAAAUUACAUGUCACCUUCAUAUCCUGACUUACUGACCUUGUGCUAGGAUCAAGCCCCUCUGUAUGCCAGCUGUUACCAUUAUUAAGACCUUGCCCCUAGGGGUUAAGGAGGAGAAAAACUCUCCUGUCCUAUAGGAGAGCAAACACUGGAAGUUCCAGCCCCCUAACAUGCCUAAUUCAAGGCAAUCUGCAUGUGCUUGUCAUUCAGCCUUGUCUCCAGGCAUUGUAAGGGCUGCUCUGGCUAACUUUUUCUUUCUGUUGUGUGGCUGCUGCUCUGGCCGCUACUGGGGUAGCUCCUGCAGGCAUUUGCAAAUCAGACAGCCUGAGGAAGGAAGCUUGUAGAGAUCCUCCGGUGAAGUUCCUUCUUUUGGCUGAAAGUAAAGAAGUUGGAGCAUGGCUAUGAGCAGUGGAAAUAAUGAUUUCAUGGUCCUGAGCAAUGGCGACAUUAUGCCCAACUCCAGUACCCUUACAUCUUGCGAUGGAGACAUUGCAAUCCAGCAGCACCCAUCCAAAGAAGCACCUAGAACAAAAGUGAGUCCAAAUGGAUGCCUCCAAGUUAAUGGCACAAUUAAACCUUCUUUUCUGCCUUUAGACAACCAAAGAACCCCCCAGAUGUUAUCACAAUGCUGCCAUCCUUGCCCAUACCAUCACUCUUUGAAUAACCAUAGCAGUCACCAAGAGUGCCAUUCCCAAGCUGGUCCCACAGCACCAUCUCCUGUGGCCUCGUGUUGCAUGCAACCACACUCAGAGUAUUCUGCAUCUCUGUGUCAAAAUCAUUCACCUGUAUAUCAGACCGCCUGCUGUCUUCAACCCUCUCCAUCAUUCUGCCUGCAUCAUCAGUGGCCUGACCAUUUUCAACAUCAGCCGGUGCAGCAGCAUAUAGCCAACCUAAGGCCUUCCAGACCUCUCAAGUUACCAAAAAGUUAUGCAGCCUUGAUAGCUGACUGGCCUGUGGUGGUCCUGGGCAUGUGUACUGUGCUCAUUGUGGUCUGUGCCUUAGUUGGAAUAUUGGUGCCUGAUCUUCCUGACUUCUCUGACCCCUUGCUGGGUUUUGAACCAAGAGGAACUGCCAUAGGCCAAAGGCUGGUCACAUGGAAUAACAUGGUGAAAAAUACAGGCUACAAAGCAACACUGGCAAAUUAUCCUUUUAAAUAUGCAGAGGAGCAAGUCAAAAGCCAUCGUGAUGACAGAUGGUCAGACAAUCAUUACGAAAGAGAAAAGAGACAAGCAGAAUGGAAUUUCCACAAAGACAGCUUUUUCUGUGAUAUUCCAAGUGACCGAUAUUCCAGAGUAGUAUUUACUUCCACUGAAGGAGACACUUUAUGGAACUUGCCCGCAAUUAAAUCAAUGUGUAGUGUGGAUAAUAUGAGGAUCAGAUCCCAUUCGCAGUUUGGUGAUCUCUGCCAGAGAGCUACAGCUGCUUCCUGUUGCCCUAGCUGGACCCUGGGAAACUACAUUGCUAUACUUAACAAUAGGUCGUCCUGUCAAAAAAUCGUCGAGAGAGAUGUUUCCCAUACCUUGAAGCUCCUGCGAACGUGCGCCAAACACUACUACAAUGGCACUCUGAGGCCAGACUGCUGGGACAUAGUGUCCCGAAGGAAGGACCAACUCAAGUGUACCAGUGUGCCUCGUAAAUGCACCAAGUACAACGCCGUUUACCAGAUCCUCCACUACCUGGUGGACAAAGACUUUCUAAGCCCAAAGACAAUUGAUUACAUGGUACCAGCCUUAAAGUACAGCAUGCUCUUCUCGCCCACUGAAAAAGGGGAAAGCAUGAUGAACAUUUACCUAGACAACUUUGAGAAUUGGAACUCAUCAGAUGGUGUGACAACUAUCACAGGAAUAGAGUUUGGUAUCAAACACAGUUUGUUUCAGGAUUAUCUUUUAAUGGAUACCGUGUAUCCCGCCAUCGCCAUUGUGAUUGUACUCUUAGUCAUGUGCAUUUAUACCAAGUCCAUAUUUAUCACUCUGAUGACGAUGUUCGCCAUAAUUAGUUCUUUGAUAGUAUCCUAUUUUCUCUACAGAGUAGUAUUUAACUUUGAGUUUUUCCCCUUCAUGAAUCUCACUGCCCUUAUCAUCUUGGUCGGCAUUGGAGCAGAUGAUGCUUUUGUACUCUGUGAUGUUUGGAAUUACACCAAGUUUGACAAACCCCACGCUGAAACCUCUGAGACGGUGAGCAUCACACUGCAACACGCCGCACUCUCCAUGUUUGUCACCAGCUUCACCACUGCGGCUGCUUUUUAUGCUAAUUAUGUCAGCAACAUCACCGCCAUCCGGUGCUUUGGAGUUUAUGCCGGGACUGCCAUUCUGGUGAAUUAUGUCCUCAUGGUCACUUGGUUGCCAGCUGUAGUAGUGCUUCAUGAGCGAUAUCUCCUCAAUAUAUUCACUUGUUUCAAGAAGCCUCAGCAGCAAAUGUACAGCGACAAGAACUGCUGGACAGCAAGCAUUUGCCAAAAGUGCCACAAAGUGAUUUUUGCCAUUUCUGAAGCAUCGCGGAUUUUCUUUGAAAAAGUGUUACCGUGCAUCGUCAUCAAGUUCCGGUACGUCUGGCUCUUCUGGUUCCUUGCCUUAACCAUAGGCGGGGCGUACAUCGUAUGCAUUAAUCCAAAGAUGAAGCUUCCCUCUCUCGAGCUGUCUGAAUUCCAAGUGUUCCGGUCCUCUCACCCGUUCGAACGCUACGACGCAGAGUACAAAAAGCUUUUCAUGUUUGAACGUGUUCACCAUGGGGAAGAGCUGCAUAUGCCCAUCACGGUCAUCUGGGGAGUGUCCCCUGAAGACAACGGCAAUCCUCUCAACCCCAAAAGUAAAGGGAAGUUGAAGCUGGAUACCAGUUUCAACAUCACUAGCCCGGCUUCCCAGCUCUGGAUUUUGCACUUCUGUCAGAAGCUGAGGAAUCAGACUUUCUUCCACCAGACUGAUGAGCAAGACUUCACCAGCUGCUUCAUCGAGACAUUUAAGCAGUGGAUGGAGAAUCAGGAUUGUGACGAGCCUGCCCUUUAUCCAUGCUGCAGCCACUGGAGCUUUCCCUACAAGCAGGACAUUUUUGAAUUGUGUAUCAAGAGAGCGAUCAUGGAGCUGGAGAGGAGCACUGGGUACCACCUGGACAGCAAGACCCCAGGACCAAGGUUUGACAUCAAUGACACCAUCAGGGCUGUAGUGCUGGAGUUCCAGAGUACCUACCUCUUCACACUGGCCUAUGAAAAGAUGCAUCAGUUCUAUAAAGAGGUAGAUUCAUGGAUUUCCAAUGAGCUUAGUUCUGCACCCGAAGGUCUCAGUAAUGGUUGGUUUGUCAGCAACUUGGAAUUCUACGAUCUUCAAGAUAGUCUCUCUGAUGGCACGCUCAUUGCCAUGGGUCUUUCAGUGGCUGUUGCAUUUAGUGUAAUGCUCCUCACAACUUGGAACAUAAUAAUAAGCCUUUAUGCAAUCGUUUCUAUAGCUGGAACUAUAUUUGUCACUGUUGGCUCCCUGGUUCUUCUGGGCUGGGAGCUUAACGUCCUAGAAUCGGUCACUAUUUCAGUGGCUGUUGGUCUGUCUGUAGACUUUGCUGUCCAUUACGGGGUUGCUUACCGCUUGGCACCAGACCCUGAUCGAGAAGGAAAGGUGAUCUUCUCACUGAGUCGCAUGGGCUCUGCCAUAGCAAUGGCUGCCCUGACCACCUUUGUGGCUGGUGCCAUGAUGAUGCCCUCCACAGUUUUAGCUUACACUCAGCUUGGAACUUUCAUGAUGCUGAUCAUGUGCAUCAGUUGGGCUUUUGCAACCUUCUUCUUCCAGUGCAUGUGUCGCUGCCUGGGCCCUCAGGGCACCUGCGGCCAGAUCCCUUUACCUAAAAAGUUUCAGUGCAGUGCCUUCUCCCAUGCUUUGUCUCCAGUGCCAGACAACAAGGGACAGAACAAAGCACACGCCAUGAAUACGUAUCAUUUGGAUCCCAGAGGUCAGAAGUCUGAACUAGAACACGAAUUCUAUGAGUUAGAACCUCUGGCAUCCCAUAACUGUAGUACCUCAGAGAAGACAACUUAUGAAGAAACCCACAUUUGUUCUGAAUUUUUCAACGGCCAAGCAAAGAACCUGGGAGUGCCAGUCCAUGCGGCCUACAACAGCGAGCUCAGCCAAAGCAUGAAAAAUGGGAGCAGCUCUGCUUUGUUGCAGCCGGCUGUGGAACAUCACACCAUGUGCCAGCUCUUCUCUCUGAAUAGGAGGUGUAGCUGCCCCCAUGCCUACAAGCACCUGCGGUACAGUCCUCACUCUUGCCAGCAGCUGGGAGACUCUCUUUGCUUCCAGUGUGCUCCAGCAGCAGGGAACUUUGUGCAGGUCCAGAAGACCCUGGCACCUCUGAACGCAGUGCAGCAAGCCCCUGAGGGUUUGGCGCAUCCCAUGCAGCAUGUCCACCACUGUCCGUGCUUACAGGGGAGAGCCAGGCGCCCCGUAAUGCAGAAUUCGCUCCCAAGAAACUUUUUUCUCCAUUCAGUGCAACACAUUCAGUCCCAAGAAAAAAUCAGCAAUGCCAAUGCACACAGUCUUCAGAGCAUCGAAGAGAACUUGAGGGUUCUUCCAAAGACGGCGGACUCCUCACCAUUGACCUGCAGAAGUACAGACUCUAUAGUAAAAUUGUGUUGUGAUCCCAAGAAGACUGUAUUACCAAACCAAAGGGAACUCUGUAAAAAUAGGGACGCUUGUGACCUAGCAGGGAAUUCUGAGGUCAGUGGGAAUGAAAGCAAGGGCAUUUGCUCAGUGAAUCAGACUGAAAAAUUCGAGAGUAAGGCGGACCCGAGUUCACCACAGACUGGUCUAAUUGUAAGCUCAGAACAUUUAAACCAAAAUGAACCAAAACUUAUAUUUAACAGUUUAAGGAGAGAGAGUGGUUAUGUAUCUCACCCUAGCAAUUCUCAGUGUUGUGGCAGAGUUGUCAAGGUGAAGUGCCAUUCUGUGGACUAUCAGAUGCCAAACAUUGAAGCCAAUGUGCCUGCUGUAUUAACACACUCGGAACUUUCCAGUGAAAGUUUAAUAAAAACACUAUAAUAAAUAUUAAGUUUAGAAAGUGUCUCAAUUUUUCUUUUCAAGUAGAAAUUCAGAAUGGGUCCUGAACACUAUGGAACCAAAUGGAAAUCUCAGUAAACCAAAAGACAAAAUCUCAUAGCUAUUGGGUGGAGUUUUAUUUUAUCCUUUUUCUGAAAAUAGAUGUAUCUCACUGAAAAUUGUGUUAUUUUUCUCAUAGGAUCAUUAUAAAAUUACUUCUAAUAAAAUAGUUUUUGCAAUUGGUAGCCAGAGAUAAGAGAGAAUGUCCUCUCCACUAUCUUUCCCUAGAACUCAAGGAUCUCACUUUGCUCAGGGAUCCUAGAUCCCAUAGUUUCUGUUCUUUUAGGUAGUCAUAUUUUUAUCCCAGUUCAGAUCCUGGACUUUUAUUUAAAAUCGACAUCAGUUGAGCAUAGAUAGUUUUCUCCUAUCUGUGCACAAAGGUAUAAGAGUGACUUUGGGUUUAAUAGUUAAUUUAGAGAUGGUUCCAGCAGUAGUUCCACAAAACCUUUUUUGGACUGAGCAAUGGGAAAACACUGUGCUAUUGAUGAAGUCAUGUUCAAAGGUAAAUAGAUAAUCUUAGCCAUUCAAGGGAGGCAAGUAAAGGAAGAUCCUGUUUUAAAUGUUCCAGAGACUAUUCAUCCAUGUUCAAUCCAAUUUCAUACUCAAAUUGGGAUCAUCUCAGUGUUACCUGGCAUCCAUAUUUGUCUUUCUUAUUCAGCUAUUAAAUUGGUUGGCAAAGGAGCCACAAAUAAUAUUCAACUGAACUAUCAUUUCAACCCCAGAAAGAUAGAAUGUCCAAGCAGUCAAAGAGUAUUAAUGAAAAUUUGGUCUUGGAAGGUUAACCUUCUUAUUAUGUAUUAAACUACAUGAGAUGAGUCUUUGGUUGGUGCAGGUCCACCAAUACUUUCCCCCCACAUGGUAGAAUAGAUAUUGAGUGUCUUUAUAUCCACAUAAGGAGUUUUAUUCUCUGGAAAGAUCCAUUUUUAUAUUCUGUGCCCAGGAAGAUUUUCCAGUGACUUAUUUCUUUUGUUAUUUGAUGGAUUAAAUUGUCAAUGUUUGAUGACACUGUGAACAUUAUUCUACUUUUCUAUGAGGACCUAGAAUUGUUCUCUUUCUUGCCAAGAAACUGAAGUUUCAGGCGGCAUUUUAAUUGACACUAGCAUAUCUAUUGUUGGAUCAGUAUAUAGAGUUGAGCUGUUGGAGCCUGCCUUUUGGGUAAUAGUUCAAACAACACAUCAUAUAGAACAGGAUGUCAUUUGAUCCUCAGUGCAUUAUAACCUCAUACAAGGAGACAGCUCUCAGCCAUCUUUUAUUUUCUUGUAUGUAUUUUGGGUUUUUUGUUUUUUAAAUGAAAGACUUGGGUAUCAGAUUGAGCCUUCUGAUCUUUGGAAUACUCCCUACAAAAAGAGUUUACUUUCUAAAAAGCAUAAUAUCAAUUAUUCCACUAGAAUGCAUAUCUAUUAGUCCUACCCAUCAUCUCAGGCCUGAAACUAGCCUAUGGUGAGUAAACUAGUAAGAAGAGAGAGCAGAAGCCACAGUCCUAAUGAUAGGUUUUCCUUCUGAUACAUCUUACUUUAAUGAGGACUGUUAAAAAUUCAAGGACUCUGCUCUUUUAUUUCCAUUGACCUGGAUUUUCUUUUGUUUAAGCAAAGUAACAACAACAACAACAACAAAAGGUUCUUCCAUUAUACUACAUAGCCAGUAUAUUAAUCAUCAUUUGAUUUUGUUUUUCUUGAUUGUCUAACUUGAAAAGAACAUAAGGCACCUCUCUAUCCCCAAUCCCAUCCAUGUGUGGAUGCUAAAGUAAGCUUUGGUCUUUGGACCCUAAAUAGCAACUUUUUUUUUUGUUUUUCAUCCUCUGAAUAUCAUGUCUCUUUUCAGUUAUUCAGAGAGGCUUUGAGAGACCAUGUGGACUUGUGGGAGGAAAAAAAAAUUAUUUAAAAAGCCAAAUAUAAUUCUUAUCUCACCUCUUACCUAUGGUAUGGCCUUGAAUAUAUCACGAAAUCUGUUGUUCAUUUUUUUCCCCUAGUACAAUGGCUGUCAUAUUAACUAUUUCCUCUUUCCCUCCAGGGCUUUUUUGUAAGCCAGUGUUGGUUGUUGCCUAGAAAGCUUUUUGAACUCAGUUUGAGUCUGGGGCCAUACAGAGAUAAGGCAUCAUUAUUUCCAGUUCAGUGCCACUAAGGAAUUUAGACGUGUCUUCGAGGAUUGACUUGGCCAGCAAAUGAGUGGAUAAAUUGCAUUUUGGAAGGAGUGCCCUUUUUUCUUCCUGAUAAACUAUGUUUGUAACUUGGGAGGUGUCUGAUUUAGGGAAAGAUUUUGGUACUGUUUGUAUUCCAGAAAUCAGAAAGAAAGUCCCUCUGUAGUAGAUAGGUUAGAAGUCAUGUACACAUAGCUUAUUUAAACCCUUUCUGAUGUGCUUUGCUAAAUCACACAACAUCAUAUUUACCUAAACUGACUUUUUCUUUAGUGAUUAUGGCCAUGUUACCAAACUAGUUCUUGAAUUUUCUUGCUAAGCCACUUACUUAAUUUCUACUUCAUUGAACAAGUGGAUUAUUCAGAAAGGAAUGAGUUUUUCUUCUCCACCCCUAUCCCCAAUCCUGAAGAAUAGAUGCAUUGUAUAAAGAGUAAACUACACAUCUUCACAUGUGUAUGUUCAUUUCCUGUAUAUAAUUACUGUAAAGUACACAUACUUAUAAAAUAGAACCUUUAAGAAUAUGCUGCUAUUAAAUCUUCUUUCCAAUAAUCUGCCAUGCCUAGACCUCAAUCCUUCCAACUCCUUUUUUAAACAACAAUUUAAAUAACAGUUCUAUAAAUAUAAGUAGCAUAGGAAGAAGUUUAGGAAACAUUCUUAGUGGGUAUUGUUCCAAAUGUAAAGCAUCUCUUAUAUUGUCUGCAUUAAAAAUCUGUACUUUGUUUUUUUCAAGGGAGAUGGGAAAACUUAGAUAGUUGGACUUAGCUAAAUUAGUUGAAUUUAACUAAGGCAAUCAGUCUAGAAUGGGAACAUGUACUAGUUUUUGUACAGAAUUGAAUCUAAAGACUUGAUUUUAAAUACUUUCACAAAUAAUUAGAAAAGAAAAUCUGAUAAGUCCAUAAAGACUUAUUUCAAUUGCAUUCAAAAUGUAUGGCAGUACCAUAAGUAUAUUCACAUUCCUUGCUUAAGACUUCUUUACUUUGUUGUAAACUGUAUUUAGCUGACAUUCAAAAUAUGGUGCUUUAUUGCUAGUGAUUUUUGUAUCGAGCCAGAAUACUGCUAUACAAUGGCCAUCCCAUGGAGCAUACCUGGGCCCCAACUACUUCUUGGGACACAUACUUACUUCUAAAGGAUUUGGUAUUUAGGGUUAUGGCUUUGGAGUCAUUACUGAAAAAAGAGGUGCAGAAGAAUUUCCAGGGUCCACUCAAUGCUCCAUGCCACGUCUUUAAACGCUGAACAGAAAAGGCUUGGGCCCAGGUCUGCUAUGCAAAUUCUAUAGGUUGACCACUGUUAACAUUUAAAAAAUUCAUUCAACAUAUAAGUAUCUGUUAAAUAUCUACUAGGUAAUGAGAAUGCAAAGAUUGAAAAUAAUGUAAUUACUGACAAAAGAAAGCUUAGAAUCAUUCUGAAAAGGAAAUGAAGCUUGUGUUCAAUUAACUAUAAUAUUACUUAAGCUAUGAAAAAUACACAGGGGAGGAAUCAAAUAUGACAGGAAGGUAUGUGCUGGAGGUGGGGUGGGACAGGGACAAAAAAAAAGGACAGUUUUGUGAGGUUGGGACUCUAGAGCUAGAGCUAGGGCUUAAAGGAAUAGAAUUUCAGUAUGAGGAGUUCUAAGCAGGAACUUAACUCAGGGAACUUAACUUUGGGAUUUGUAUUUAUAUGCCCAAUAUUUAUAAUUUAUUGCACAUAAAUUUAGUUUAACAAUAAUUAAGUAUCUAUUGUGUGCAUAAAACCACUAGACAGUGAGAAAGAUAGAUACAAAGCAUAGAGUCUAGUAAAGCUUAUAAUUUUGUAAGGCGAUAAAACAAUACAAUAGCAACAAAUAAUAAAACAUCAGUAACAGAGAAGUGAUAGCUUCCAUUAAUACUGCUAUUAUCUGACAAAUAAUUGUGUAUUUAUCUGAUAAAUAUUUGAAGGGUAUCAGUCCUUCAAAAGGGUGAUUUUAAAAAACCAAUCAAAAUUAUACUGGAUAAUAAAACUAAAAGGAAGCAUUAAUUAAUCACUUUUGUAGGUUUAAACCAUGUAGUCACUAAAAAUAAAGAUGGCAUUUUAUUAAUUUGCUGAAUAUUGAUGAUAUUAAUUAGCACAUCUACCUCCUUUUAAGGUUUGUCAGAAUAAUUACUGUCUUUCUUUAAGUAAAUCUGGUCAGAAAGAAAGAAUGAAAUCUUUAAAAAGAAGGCAGUGCCCAAGGGUGAACUCUGUCUGGUCUUGUCAGUGCUGUAAGAUGCUACUUCUAAGAACUCUGACCUUGUAGUUUUCCUUUUGAAUCAGGUGUGUAGGGCAGGUUGAGGGGGAGAGAGGCAAGGCAAAAUGGCCCUGUAUUAACCUGCCCAAUAACCUGUAAGGAAUCUUCUCUUAAAAAACAAAAAAGAGUGCUGAGAUCUUUGAUUAAUGUUUAUGUCAUUCUACUUAAAUAAAAGAGUACCAAGGGUAGAGAUGAGAGUUCAAGUCAACAGAUACUUAUAAAUCUCUUCUAUUCAUAAGGUACCAAAGCUUUUCCCUGGAGGGCAGAGUGCAAAGCUGAACUAACAGGUCUCUGCCCUCAAAUAUCUUGCACUCUAAUUCAGGUAAAAUAUGACCUGCACAUACAUAGUUUCAGUAUAGAAUUCAGCUUAAAAGUGCACAAGAGGGACAAAGUACUUUGGAGAGUCCCCAGGAACUGAGGAUGGGCUGUGCUUCCCAUUUACACAUUCAUUGUCCUAGUACAGAUCUUCAUCACCUCUCACUUAGGGAACAGAAAUAGAUUUCUAAUUAGUCUCCCCACCUCAAGUCUCUUUCCAAUUCAUCUUUCACUCAGUUGUUGAUGUAGUUUUCCAAAAGUAAAUCUGAUCCUGUCAUUCUUCCCUUCCCCAAUAAAUUCCAGUGACUCCCUAUUACUUCUAGAAUUUAAAAAUGAAAUUCUCUGGUUGGCAUUUAAACCCUUCCCAAUCUGGCCUCUUCCUCACCUUCUUACAAUUCAUUCUCCUAAGUGACUUCACAUUCUAUUCACAUGCACACUGAAUCUCCUUAUACCUUGUAUUUAUAUUUGCUGUCUCCCAAACCUGUUCUGCUCUUCUCCUCUAGAACGUCUAACUUACCCAAUUUCCUUUAAAACUCAGCUCAAAUAUUAUCUUCUUUAAAAGAAUAUUCCCAGUCAUUCCUGUUACCAGUCCCUUCCCUCUGAGAUUGCCUUCCAUUUAUACUUUAUCAUAAACAUUUCUAGCUGCUUUCAUGUUGUUUCUGCCAUGAGAAUGUGAAGUCCUUGAUAACAGGGACUGCUUUUGAGUACAAUGUUUGUCUUUUAGUAAGUUUAUUAUAAAUAAUUGUUACCUUACAAAAGGAAACUCCAUUCUGCUUCCAUAUUCAGUUUUGUGAGACAAGAACCUGACACUCAGAACCAAGAACAUUGUAAAGGUAAAGAACUUUGAAAGCUAUAAUAAGGUCAACCCAAUGAACAGACACCAUUUCAAAGGACUGAAGCCCCUACCUACUUCUCACCAGAGAAAUGAUGGACUCAGGUUUCAAAAUAAGACUUUUUUGGUUUGUUUUACAAGUUAUACAUAUUUUUCCUUUUCCGAUUACAAUGGAGAAAACAAUAUUUUUUUUUGUUAAUAAACAACAAAUAUUUAAAAAGAAGCUAUAAUUAACUGGCAUUCUCAGCAGCGAGGCAGACAUUGGUUCCAUCGUUGUCUUUACCAUAGUAAACAUUGUAAAUAACUCUGUAAAGCAGAUCAGAGGAUUAAGGAAUCAGAUUUAAAGCCAGAGGGAAUUUAGAGGUCAUCUGGUCCAAACCAGUCAUUUUGUAGAUGAGGAAACAGGUCCAGAGACGUUAUGUGAUGUAUCCAAGUCAUACAGCCAAUGACAGACU